AUGAAGAUGAUCAUGAAUAAGAGUAGCGACGAAUACUUAGCUCUACUGACUUACAGAGAUAGCCAUUACAAAAUGGCUACUCACCAGCCCAACUCAGCAUGGGCCGAAAGUUACGCACAAGAUGAGCUGCUGCCCAAGACCCCUGACUAUGACCAGGUCAAGAAGAAAGAGAGAGAAUACCAAACCAAAAUGAAUUCCGACUACGACCACAGACAUAGAGUCGUUGAAGGAGAGGAACUGUCACCUGGUGAUCGCGUGUGGAUCCCAGACAUGAAAGUUGAGGGAACUGUGAUCAAGCCACAUGAACGUCCAAGAUCUGUAGUUAUUCAGACCCCAAAUGGCAAAGUGCGAAGAAACAGGAGAAUGACUCGAAGAGCUCCCAAGGAUCUCGUGACGCAGACAUUACAGUGGGCCAACGAGUAUCAGAAUGGGAUGUUUUGUUUGUGGCUUGGGCCAACAUACCCUUUUAUCUUCUUGUACAAACCUGAACUGGUGGAGGUUGUUUUACACAGCUCCAAACAUAUUAGCAAGUCUGCGGAUUAUGACUUUUUGCAUCCUUGGUUAGGCACAGGCCUGCUUACCAGUGAUGGACUAAAAUGGAAGACAAGGCGGAGAUUGAUUACUCCAACUUUUCACUUCAGCAUUUUGAAUACCUUCUUACAAGUUUUUGAAGAACAAUCCAAAAUUCUGGUCUCAAACCUUGAGAAAAAAGUCAAGACAGGUACUUUCAACAUAAUGCCACACAUUACUCUGUGUGCUCUGAAUAUCAUGUGCAUUACCUCAAUGGAAUCGUCACCAAAUGCACAGGGAGAUGUUAAUUCUCCAUAUGUCGGUGCAGUUGGAAGGAUAACUGAGUUGAUUCAGAAGCGACAAAGGUCACCAUGGCUCUGGCCUGACAUUGUUUACUUUUUGACGCCAUCAGGGAGGGAACACAAUCAUUGUCUUCAGAUUCUUCAUGGUUUUACCAACAAGGUCAUCGAUGAGCGAAUCGCUGACAGAGCCACGAAAAAAAAUGAUCCACAAUCCGAAGAAUGUGAAACCGAGCAAGGAGGGGAAGGUAAAUUUAAAAGGAAGAGGCGGUUGGCUUUCCUUGAUUUGCUACUGGAGGCUUACGACAGAGGAGAGAUCUCACGAGAAGGCAUCAGAGAAGAAGUGGAUACGUUCAUGUUUGAGGGCCACGACACUACAGCCGCUGGAAUAACGUGGGCUCUCUACCUACUCGCCCGCCAUCCUCAUAUACAGCAACAAGUCCACGAAGAAGUAGAUAAAUUUUUUGAGCAGCGGCCAGAAACCCUCAAGGUAGAUGAUCUGAAGGAUUUGCGUUACCUGGAAUGUGUUGUUAAGGAGGCCCAGCGUAUGUUUCCAUCUGUGCCUUUCAUUGCAAGAAGGACGACUGAAGACUGUCACCUGGAUGGAUACCUGGCUCCAAAAGGUACUGCUCUUGGAGUUUGUACAAUCGGACUCCACAGAAACCCAAACGUGUGGGAAGCGCCGCUCGAGUUUAACCCGGAUCGUUUUCUUCCAGAGAGCAGCCAAGGACGCCAUCCAUAUGCAUUUGUUCCUUUCUCUGCUGGGCCACGGAACUGCAUCGGUCAGCGGUUUGCUCUUCAAGAAGAGAAACUUGUCUUGGCUCACGUGAUGCGUAAUUUUACCCUUGACUCCACUCAGACCUUUGAUGAACUCAAGGCAUGCGCAGAAAUAAUAACUAGACCAAAGGACGGAAUAUUUGUGUCUUUAGCCAGACGAUGAUAAGACACGGUGACCUCUCCCAACGCUCUCAGUGUCGAUUACUCCCCUGCUCGCCCACCGCAAUGUAUCAAGUUGUUUAUUUCAUUUUUCAUACAAAGCAGAAAAGUAAAAUUAGAUUGAAUCUAAUGUAAACUAAUUUUAUGGUUUUAGUCCUCUAGAUUUCCUUUGAAGAUGAUGAUUUUUUUGUAAAAGUGAAAAUGUGUUGAAGGUUUGAACCCUUUGACCCCUAAAAGUGACUUGCAUGUAAUUUCGA